AGCCCUCGAAAGAGGGGGAGAGAGGUUUCCUUCGCGGUCCGCACGAGCGUUCCAAAAGUUGCGCAUUGAAAGCAGCAGGCAUCAGGGUAUGUUAUUUUUUUACGUUUUGCUACUUCAGCUGCUUUUACAUUUGUCUGCAUUUCCUCACUGCUCAAGACAAUUCAAGGAAUCGAAGGAUGCAAUAGAAGAAGUAUUCAUCUUUGCAGAGAAAGCCAAUUUAUUCAUUGGACGACACCUUCUAUACAACAGAUUUGACUUUGAACUGAUAACCCAAGGGGAUCUUGAAAGAGAAUGCUAUGAAGAGCAAUGUGAUUUUGAGGAAACAAGGGAAUUUUUUGGAGAUUCAAGAAAAACAAUGUCUUUUUGGACUGAAUAUACUCUUAGGGGUCCUGGUUCAAAAACAGGUGGCCAAGCAAUAGAGAAGAUUGAUGUUAUAGGACUUUUGACUGGACUGAUUGCAGUUGGAGUACUAUUGAUUAUAAUUGGAUUGCUUAUUUAUUAUCUAUGCCAAAGAAAGUGCAAACCAAGAUUACCAGGGCACAGGAGCUGCAGGAGGCAUAAUUCUUCUAUCAUCUUCCAAAGACAAGAAGAGUUUUCUUUAAAUCCUGUCUCUCCUCAUGGUACAGAACAGAUAGGAUUGCCAAGUUAUGAUCAAGCAAUGGCAUUAAGAGAACAUUAUGAUUCUCCACCCCCACCAUAUCCUGGAUGUUCAGGAAGGUUCAAAGUGUUCAAGAAGUCUCUCUCACUUCCCGGUCCUUAAUGAACAAACACAACCUGUGAAACUGUUGAGAAUUAGUCUUAAUAAAAGAUGUACAGCUGAAAUGUUACAGUACUGUCCUCUAAGAAUGUGGAAAGCUCUUCAGCAUGCCUAUGAGGGACUCAAGAGUUUCAGGUGAACAAGGAACCCACCUUUCUCCAGUGUUCUGGUAGCUAAGGAUGAAAGACUCCUUUUAUUAUAUUUCCAUUUAUGUGCGAAGAACUGUAUUGAACUUGGUUUCUGUGCAUUUUGAGCCAUUGAGUAAAUUGAUGUGCUACUUCACCUGUUUCUCAUAACUGAAAAGUUUCAUUUCCUAUUCUAAAAAUUGCACUAGUUUUCUAACUAUUUUAGAGUAAUAAGUAGUUAGUACUUUUGUUUUGAGUAAUUUUCUCCCAUGAUAAAAAUGUGUGUGUACAUCUUUGAGUCAGUUUGUGACUCCUGGUGACUGCCUGAACUAGUCCCUGCAGUUUUCUUGGAAACAUUUUUCGGAAGUGGUUUGCCAUUGCCUCCUUCCUCGAGCUAACAGAAAGUGACUGCCCAACUGGCUUUGCCUAAGGCAGGAUUAGAACUCAGUCUCCCAGUUUCUAGCCUGAUGCCUUAACCAAUACACCAAACUAGCUCUCCUGUGAUAAAAAUGAUAAAAUACUAACACAUUAGUUUCACAUUAUCUCUAAUUGAAUAUUUAAGCUAUAUUUCUUAUACUAGAAAGAAUAUAUCCUUGUGGGUGUCACUUUAUCAAUAAAAAGAAUAAGAUUUUAUAAAUUAACUAUUUGUACCUAGUUCCAUUUUCUUAAUUUCAGUUAAAGAAUGAAUCUGAAGGAAAAUGUGUGAUAUCUGAAAAACUGCCUUGCUUUAUGAAGCCAAAGAUCUGUUCAGAUGAUUAAACAGACUUUCAUAGGAAGCUAACAAGGCAGGCAUGAUGUAAGGGCCCCUCUUUCUUUGCUUAUCUGGCAGGCAAUAUGGCUGCAAAGUAGGUGGGGUCACACCAAAUAGAAGUGCAGCUGGAUUUUAGGAAGAGGGAGGGUUUUAAAAAAAAAAGACAGGCUUCUUUUAAGGAAUUUAUAUGCCACAAAGUUAGCAACAACAUAGAUUUUUUUCCAUGGUAAUCUGUCCCUAACCAGGUUCUUCAGGUUUUCCAAUGGUGAUUGUAAGUCUUGCACUACCAUUUUUGUUUCUCAUCUCAGAAUGAAAGGAAACUGCCUUCAAUUUUCAGCCCGCAUAGUCCAAAGGAACUCUAAGGGCCUCAUGAUGCCCUGGGGCUGUGGUUUACCAAUCUUUGUUCUGUAAGAAAAUGUUACAUGCUGAAGUUUUGAGCUACAAAAGUAUGUACAAAGUUUUCAGCUUUCCUUCUCAAAUGUAAUUCAGUAAAUUAUGUUUGGGAAUUAAACUAAUUUGUCU